GCUGGCCUCCUUGAAUCACAGCUGGGUGGGGAAGGGAACUCAUCAGGCUCAGACCUGCAAGGUGCAGCACAUAGAGUUGAGAAUAAAACACAAAAGAGAGACUUGAUUAAAGAAAGCAGCAAUGGACCUGAUCCCAAACUUUUCCAUGGAAACCUGGAUGCUCCUGGUUACCAGCCUGGUGCUCCUCUACCUGUAUGGAACCCAUUCACAUGGGAUUUUUAAAAAGUUGGGAAUUCCUGGGCCCAAGCCUCUGCCUUUCUUGGGUUCAAUUUUUGCUUACCACCAGAAGGGCUUCUGGGAAUUUGACAAACAAUGUCAUAAAAAAUAUGGGAAAAUGUGGGGGUUUUUUGAGGGCCGACAGCCUAUGCUGGCUAUCACGGAUCCAGACAUGAUCAAAACAGUACUGGUGAAGGAAUGUUAUUCUACCUUCACAAAUCGUCGGGUAUUUGGUCCAUCAGGAAUUUUGAAAAAAGCCAUCACCAUCGCUGAGAAUGAGGAAUGGAAGAGAAUCCGAGCAUUGCUGUCUCCAACAUUCACCAGUGGAAAGCUCAAGGAGAUGCUCCCCAUCAUUAACCAGUAUGCAGAUGUGUUGGUGAGAAACAUGAGGCAUGGAUCAGAGAAUGGGAAUUCCAUCUCCAUGAAAGACAUUUUUGGGGCCUACAGCAUGGAUGUGAUCACUGCCACAUCAUUUGGUGUGAAUGUUGAUUCCCUCAACAAUCCACAGGAUCCUUUUGUGGAAAAAAUAAAGAAGAUCUUAAAAUUUGAUAUCUUUGAUCCAUUGUUCCUCAUAGUGACACUCUUUCCAUUCCUUAUCCCAGUAUUUGAUGCGUUAAAUAUCUGCUUGUUUCCAAAAGAUGUUAUAAGCUUUUUUAAAACUUCUGUACAGCGAAUGAAGGAGGAUCGCAUGCAAGAGAAAGCAAAGCAAAGAGUGGAUUUUCUUCAGCUGAUGAUAAACUCCCAGAGUUCCAACAUCAAGGAGUCUCAUAAAGCUUUAUCCGAUCUGGAGAUUGUGGCUCAGUCUAUUAUCUUUAUUUUUGCUGGCUAUGAGACCACCAGCAGCGCUCUUUCCUUUGCUUUGUAUUUACUGGCCACUCACCCUGAUGUCCAGAAGAAACUGCAGGAUGAAAUUGAUGCAGCUCUGCCCAAUAAGGCACCUGCCACCUAUGAUACCCUGGUCCAGAUGGAGUAUCUGGACAUGGUAGUGGAUGAAACUCUCAGAUUAUAUCCAAUUGCUGGAAGACUUGAGAGGGUCUGUAAGAAAGAUGUUGAAAUCAAUGGGGUACUCAUUCCCAAAGGGACUGUGAUGAUGGUACCAACCUUUGCUCUUCACAGAGACCCAAAGCAUUGGCCAGAGCCUGAGGAGUUCCACCCUGAAAGGUUCAGCAAGAAAAAUCAGGGUAACAUUAAUCCUUACACAUACCUGCCCUUUGGGGAUGGACCCAGGAACUGCAUUGGCAUGAGGUUUGCGCUCAUGAACAUGAAACUUGCUCUUGUCAGAGUCCUGCAGAACUUCUCCUUCCAGCCUUGCAAGGAAACUCAGAUCCCUUUAAAAAUAGGCAAGCAAGGACUUCUUCAACCAGAAAAACCAAUCCUUCUAAAGGUUGUGUCAAGAGAUGAGACUGUAAGUGGAGCUUGAUGUCUGUUAUGAUGCUGCAUCCCACUGGACCAGAAACCAAUUCAGAUUGUGAAUAAAUUCAAAGAUGAAGACUGUGGUAACCUUGUGCACUCAUGCAGGAUUCUGGGUGUUCAUUGAGCUUGUCAUGGAACAUAAGGAUGUGAUAACACUAAUCUAAGAUAGAUGUGUUCAACUCCCUGGUUCUUGUGGGACUGUCUAUUUCUACUUCAUUGUCACCACCAAAUCCCCUGAUUUAUGUUGAUAAAAUAAACACCAAUUACUAGUUUUAUCAACUACUACUGAAAAUGAGAA